CAGUCGGCGUAGGUCGUCGGCGUCCGUCAGUUGUGUUGGCGGGGGCACCAUGAAAUACCAGAGCACGCGCGGCCGGGAGAAGGGCGUCUCGUUUAGGGAUGUGCUAUUUGCCGGGUACAGCAAGGACGGCGGUCUCUACUUCCCGGAGCGGAUCCCACGCGUUACGCAGGACCAGCUGCGGGAGUGGUCCCAGCUCAGCUAUCCGGACCUCCUGGUCGAGAUUCUCUCCCUGUACGUGGACGAGUCGGAGCUCACGCGCGACCAGAUCAAAGAUGUGGCGGCCGGGGCCUUCUCCAAGUUCGAGUUGCCGGAGGUGAUGCGGAUAGCCGAGCUGGGUGACGAGCUGCGCGUCUCGGAGCUAUUCCACGGGCCGACCUUGGCCUUCAAGGACCUCGGGCUGGGCGCCGUCGGACGGCUGGUGCAGGUGGGCCCGCCUUACGCCGACAAUCUGCUGGGCCUUUCUUCCGUCGGAGUGUUGUUUGGGACGGCUGCUGGCGGCUGA